AGGAUGAAUUGCUGCUCGGCGGGCAUCAGUACCUGACUAUUCGUGAACAAGCAACAGAAUACCAGGAAAUUAUAACGGAAACAAUACAAAUGGUCGCUCCCACACCUGCCAAUAUUGGUUUAAUAUUGAAAGCGAAUCCCAGAGAACGAAUCUCUUUGAUGUCGGGCUUUGCGAGAUUUUCGGCAAAUAAAAAUAAAAUACUAAAAUUUAAGAAUUUGUAUGGCAUGCUGUUCACAUGUGAAGCAAUUAUUAUGAAACUCAGAACAUAUUUACUUGAAUCUUUCUUUCCUGAUGAAGAA